AUGGAAAAAGAGAAGCAAGGAGAAAUAUUGAAUUUGAAAGAAGAAAUGUGGGUUGAGGCAGAAUGUCCAUUUAUUACUUUUGAAGAAUUAAUGAAUAAAAUUGAGGAUCUUGUUUCUGAUGUAGUCGAGAGGGUUUUCAGUGAUCCUGAAAUUUCUGAAUUAAUAUCACAACGAUGGGAAACGUCAAAGGAAAAGUUUUUUUCAUUAAAACGUCCAUUCCUUCAAAUGACUUAUUCUGAUGCAAUUGAAUGGCUGCGCAAAAAUAAUGUAAAUAAUGAAGAGGGAAAGCCGUCUAAGUUUGGAGAGGACAUUCUAGAAGAACCAAAGAAGACAUCCAGAACCAUUCUUGUUUUAAUCUUUAAGAAAUGGUCAAUGACAACUCAAAUAAAAUCUUUGGCCGUCUUGGACGUCUUGUCUUCCUGAAGGAGUUGGACAUAUUACUUAAUGAUAUUUCGAAUGAAGCUGUUUGGACGUUAUCGAGUGCUAAAGAAGGAAUGG